CCGUAAGGAACGCCGGCCCUCUCCUUCGGAUCGAUGAUCUCCUUGAGCGGUUAGGCGGUGCGAUGUACUUCUCGAAGUUGGACUUGAAGUCAGGUUACCACCAGAUUGAAAUCCAGCAUCAAGAUCAGUACAAAACCGCGUUCAAGACGCGGUACGGGCACUUUGAGUGGGUUGUCAUGCCAUUUGGCCUCAUCAAUGCCGCUGCGACUUUCCAAGCAGCUAUGACGACUGAGUUUCGCGACUUGCUCGAUCGCAGCAUCCUCAUCUACCACGAUGACAUCUUGGUUUGUAGUAGGACGUUGGAGGAGCACAUCGUACACCUUCGCGCUGUUUUGGAUCGUUUGCGACUGGCCAAGUACAAAGCGAAUCGCCACAAGUGCGAGUUCGCCAAGCAGAAACUUGAGUACUUGGGUCACUAUGUCACGCCGAAAGGCAUUCGUCCCUUAGCGGACAAGAUCCAAGGCAUCGUGGAUUGGCCGGAACCCCGUUGCACGACGGUACGCUCUUUCAUGGGUUUGGCUGGAUAUUAUCAGCGAUUCGUCGAGUCAUACUCGAAAGUGGCCGCUCCCUUGUCGAGACUUCAGUCCCCAAAGGUGCCCUUCGAGUUCGACGACGCAGCCCGUGGCGCGUUCAAUACGUUGAAGGCAGCAAUGCAAGCCGCACCUGCCCUCUGUAUAUACGACCCCACCCUCCCCACCCAAGUGACUACGGACGCUUCGGGAUACGGUAUUGGUGCGGUGUUGGAACAGUGUCACGAGGACGGUUGGCACCCGGUCGAGUAUUUCUCCCAAAAGGUGCCUCUCGUCAACACUCUCGACGACGCUAGAAAGAAAGAGCUACUCGCGUUCGUCACCGUUCUCAAAUGGUGGCGCCGCUUUCUUCUCGGUCGUCGGCGUUUUAAACGGAAUACGGACAAUAAUCCGUUGACAUUUUAUAAAACGCAGGAUACGAUCAUUAGCACGAUCGGUCAAUGGAUGUAUUACAUCGACCAGUUCGACUUUGACCCGUGCCACGUUCCCGGUCCCGCCAAUCGAGUUGCGGACGCCCUCUCACGACAGCCCGAUUUUUGUGCCAUUGUGACCACGACAUUCGACCUCGAUGACAAUCUGCAGCCGCAUUUCGUCAAAGGGUACAAGUCCGAUCCGACUUACUCUACGCUUUACGCAAAGCUUUAAUCAAAUUACCUGUCGGCUAGCCAUUAUCGAAUUUCCGACGGGUUCCUUCUCCUUCACACGAGAGGAAAGGACUUGUUAGUUGUGCCCCAAGAUC